UGUCGCAUCAGGACUACGCAUUCGAAUUUCAAAAAUAAACAGUGCGUGUUUAUUUGUUUGGAGUGUACAUUUUCAUCUAUAAACGGUUUAUAAGACUGUCAGUUGGUUUGCAAGAUAUGUUUUAGUGAAGUGACUUUAUGAGUAACAUUAUCAAAAUGAUGAUGGACCAGGCACACUUUGGUGAAUAUUUACUGAGGCAGCAAAUGCUGCAUGCGGCUUCUCUCAGUGGAUUACAACACAGAGUAGGUCCCGACGCGGAGCCGCCGGCUUGUGAGGCUCGACUUCUGAACGGGGACCUGUGGAGACGGUUCCACGACAUCGGUACUGAAAUGAUCAUCACCAAAGGAGGACGCCGCAUGUUUCCAUCGCUACGGAUAUCCCUGAGUGGCUUGGACCCUCGCGAGGAGUACUGUGUCCUCCUGGAGCUGUCGCUGGUGGGUCGAAGACGCUGGCGAUGGGCUGGUGGCGCCUGGGCGGCUGCAGGUGGAGCGGAGCCUCAGUCCCCGCGCCGCCUCAUGCUACACCCUGACUCACCAGCCCCUGGACACCACUGGACGGCUAACCCUGUAUCAUUCAGCAAGUUGAAGCUCACCAAUAACACUAUGGAUGCCCAAGGACAUAUGGUGCUGACUUCCAUGCACAAGUACCGUCCUCGCGUCCUGGUGGUUCGGGCCCGGGACGCCGCCGCACUAGCGUGGGGAGCUCCUCAUGCCACCUUCUCCUUUCCCGAAACAGAGUUCAUUGCUGUCACAGCUUAUCAGAAUGACCGCAUCACAAAGUUAAAGAUAGACAACAAUCCAUUUGCGAAAGGGUUCCGCGCGUGUGGCCAAUCUAAAUGCAAAAGAAAAAGCGUAGAAGGCGACACUAGCUCAGUCGAAACACCAGAGACUUCGGAGCCAAAAAGAGCCUGUUCCGAUGCAGCUUCGUCUUGUUCGGAAGAAGGCAGCCUUCGCUCAUCAUCGCCCCGAUCUCCUCCUCUCGUAGAAUCUCCAGCACCAAUCAUUCGGCAAACAACACCUGAGAACAUAAGUCAUCCAGCUUUUUAUCCUCCUGAAUUACCAUACAUGCAUCCCCUUCAUAUGCCAAUGCCGCUUGGGAUAUGGCCUGGUUCUUCAGCACCAUUUUUAACUGCACCCUGGAAUCCAGCCCUUGCUCCACCUACACCAAGAAUACCUUCACCGCCACCACCGGCAGUACCAUGUCGAAGGGUGAAAAGCUUCACAAUUAGCGCUCUUCUUGGUGAAGGUUGAGUUUACGACAAACCAAUCAUGGGAAACUUUGGCAAUAUUUACAAAUAAAUAUGUAAAUAUUAAGAAAUGGAUUCUAAUUUUGUACUAUAUUUAUAAUUAUCUACAUUUUAGAUAAACAAAAUAGAUUUAAAAUAUUAUUGUCAUCUACCUCGUAGUUAAGAAGCUCUUUUGAUUUGUGAUAUGUUUAUAUAAAUGCUAUAUAACUAUUUUUUUAAUGUUUAUAUAAAACCAACU